AUGACAGCCGAUUAUAUGUGGGAUAAAGAGUCAAAGCUAAGCUUCGAACGUGGCAAAGGUUCGAGUGGGAACGACACGGAUGACCUAUGGUGGGAAGGCCUACCAGCGCCCCUAUGGUACACAGCCGGCAAGUCGGGCAUAGAUGUACACUGCUACUGGUUCGCUCAUUGUCAUAGAGCAUACUAUGACAUGGUUGUGAAAGUGCCUCCAAAGAGAUGGACCGAUCUCACCACGCCUGGACAAACGGAUAAGCUAUCCGAUGUGUUUCCAGAAAUUAUUAACCGUAUCAUCAAGUAUCAAGCUUACAAACAACAGAUGUUUCUCCUGAGGUAUGCAGGUGUGGAUAACGCUUUGAGACAGUUCGGUGCUCAUUCAGAUGAAGCCGAUCAAGCUAUCGCCAGAAUAGACCUUUACAUUCAUGAACUUCAACAAAAACUUGAAGAGCACAAUUUGUUCGCGUCAACAAACUUGAUAGUGCUCUCUGACCAUGGAUUAGCGCCAAUUGAAGAAGAGGAACAAUUUUACCUAGAGGAAUGUCUUUCGGACUACUCUAAGGUGAAGUAG